AUGAACAAGCUCCAGGAGGCCCCUGCCCUCAUGGAGCUCUCAGUCCAAGUGGGAGAGUUGCAGAAAAAAAAAAAGAAGCUUCAGUCUCAGCAGAAACAUGCCAAAAAGCAAGCUAGACCAAAGAAGAAAGAAGGACAUAACCAAAAGCCUGUUGCCAAGGCUGCCUUCGUCUCUGCCUGCACUGUUUGUAGGACACGAACGCCAGGCCCCGAGACCUCCCCGCAUCCCUUUGAAAGCAAACAUCCCAAGACUCGGCUUCCUCCCGGACUGGCUGACAGUUCAGACGGAGAGAACCAGGUGAAUUCGUGA